AUGAUGCGCUCAUUGCCAUUGAUUAUUGGGAUCUUGUCCUUCGUUCUCAUGAUCACACCAUUAUUCACACUAAAUGGGUCUACAAAAUCAAACAGGAGACUGAUGGAAUAUAAUGUCUCAAAUGCUUUCUUACAUGGAAGGUUUGAAGACAAUUUACAUAAUUUUGUGUUGAUAUAUGUUGAUGAUCUCCUCGUCAUCAGUUCAUGUUCUACCUCAAUACAACACCUUGUUGCUCAGCUUAAACAAGAAUUUGCUUUGAAAGCUCUUGGUGAGCUCGACUGCUUCUUGGGAAUUGAAGCCUCAAGGGAUACUCAGGGACUUCAUUUACGUCAAAGUAAAAAUAUACUCCAUUUAUCUUUGGAGGAAAAAAUAUCUACUGUGAAUAAUGAGUCUAUUGAGGAUAUUACUGGUCACAGGCAACUGGUUGGUAUACUUCAAUAUUGUACUUUAACUCAACCUGAGAUUGCAUACUCUGUGAAUCAGUUAUGGCAACAUCUGCAUUCUCCCACAGUUUUUCAUUGCAAGUCAGCCAAAACAGUCUUACGCUAUCUCAAGGGUACGUUAGAUCUUGGCCUAUAUUUCUGCAAAGGUUCCUUAAAACUUCAUGCCAACUGUGAUUUUGACUGGGCUGGAGAUCUAAGAGAUAGACGAUCAAUUACUAGAUACAGAGUAUUUUUGCACCCGUAUUUGAUAUCAUGGUGUGAAAAGAAGCAAGGUGUGGUUUUUUGCUCCAGUACUGAAUCUGAACACCGGGCUUUGGCUAUGGUUGCUGCUGAACUCUAUUGGCUAUGA